AUGGCCCCUGCCAUCCUCGUCGUUGGUGCUACCGGCAACACGGGCCGAACGGUCGUCCGAACACUCUCCAGCCAGCUCCAAGCCAAUUCAGAAUUUCCCAACCACCGAGUCCUCGCCCUCACACGCUCCAAGGACAAUCCAACAGCACAACAACUGGCUAGAUUGCCUGGAAUCACGGUCAUAGAACACAACUGGGUUGAAAUCACUUCCGACUGGCUCCGCGAGCAAGAGGUCGUGCGAGCAUUCAUCGCGCCACACAACCAGCCCAACCAAUUCGCUGAAGAAUCAACAUUCCACCUAGCAGCCCUGCACGCCGGCGUCAAAUAUGUCGUGAGGAUCUCAACUACGGCUGCCAACGUUCGUCCCGAUUGCAAGGCUUACUACCCUCGCUCGCAUUGGGCCAUCGAGUCUAUGCUGAGCUCGCCGGAAUUCAGUAACUUGCAAUGGACGUCACUGCAGCCCAACAUAUUUGCUCCCCUUUACCUCGCCUCGGCCGCCGAGCUCAUCAAAAAGUAUCGCAAGGAGGGGAAGCUGGAUACUUUGAGAUUGAUGGCAUCGGAGGAUGCUCCUGUCGCCAUUAUCAAUCCAGAUGAUAUCGGUGUCAUUGCUGCACGCCUCCUGCUUGUCAAUGACCCUAAUGUGCACAACAAGUCGAGGUAUGUUUUGAACGGGCCUGAAGAUAUUUCUGGGAAACAGAUUGUAAAGAUGGUCGAGGGGUAUAUUGGGGUCAAGAUGGAGGAUGUGAUAUACAAGGACAUGUCGUUCAUUGACCACAUGGGUGCUACGACCCAGGAUUCAAAGAACGUUAUCACUUCUAUUCGGUAUGCACCUGAGACGGCGUGGGAGGGCAAGUGUGGGGCUGUUACUACAAGCAAGGAGAUUCUGGAUCUUGGUGUAUCGAUGCGAUCGCCAUCUGAUGUGUUGAAAUCUUUGCUUGAGGGGUAG